UAUAAUAAUAAUAAUAAUAAUAAUGAAAAAGAAAAUACUAAAAAUAUGAUAUUUGAAAUAGAAAAUAUUGUUGAGUAUGCAGCUAAAAAUUACAAAUUAAAUAUAAUAACAGACAUGAUUAAUGAUAAAUUAUUUAAUUGUCUUAUGGAAAUGAUAUCAUCAUCAAAUCGAAAAAUAAAUUUACUGGGAAAUAGAAUUUUCCAACAGAUAAUUGAUCGUAAUAACAAUAAAAAAUUUUUUUUAACACCGAAAAUUUUUUACGAAACGACAAAUUAUUUAAUUAAAAUAAAUAAAGAAUGUAAAAGUGAGUGUGAGUUUUUUAAAAAUAAUCGUAUAUUAAUUCAUGAUACUUUUUUGUCAAGUCUAAUGAAACACGCGAUGACGAAAGUUAAUUUAGAAUCAACGUACUGCAGUAUUUGUUUGUUGGCAGUUGAAAUACCAUCAGGAUUUACAGCAGCAGCUAUAGUUUGUCUUGUUAUGAAUAUUCAAGAAUUAACUCUACAAAGUAUUAAUUCGAAAAUAAAUCGUAAAGUGUCUUAUCAUAUUCAUGCAACAGUUAUGGCAAUAAUAACUUUAAUUUGUCGUAUUUAUAAUGCUAAAAUUCUUUAUAAUUAUGUUAACAAAGUUAUGAUGGAACGAGCGCAAUGGGCACCUCAUUUAAAUCCACCACUUAAAAAUAAUUAUGUAUUUCCAAUUCACUAUGUACUUUGGAAUAAAUCUGAAUUAUUUUUUGUCGAUUGGGAGGCACGUUUUGGACUUUGGAAAUGCUUUCGUAAAAAUAUUUACGAUCAUGAUAAUGAUACUGAAAAAUAAAAUUUUUUUUAAAUUUUAAAUAACGUCAAUUAAACUCAUUCACUUGUUCUAUUUUGUUAAUUAUAUAAAAAAAAAUAUUAUUAAUUACAAUUUAUUAUAAAAUUACAUAUUAGUUAUGUAAUAUUUUACCAUUAUAUAUAUAUAUAUAUU